CAUUUCUCUCCAUAAAUUAUCUUUGUCUAUACUCUCAUCUCCUACUGUUUCUCACAGAAUUUUUCCCUCUCUCUAUCACUUACAUCUCUGCUUUGGUCUGGUUCAGCUUCUUGUUCCAAAGCAAGCUAAAUCCUCCUUUGGAAUCUGUUUCUUCUUAUCGGUUGUUAUUCUCUGAUCCAAAUUCCUACCACUUUCUUGAAUUUCCUUGGAAUUAAUUCCAGCUCUACUUUUGCUUCCAAAUCUAUCUCUCUCCUCUUGGAAAACGAAAUACCAGCUUUUCUUGGAAUACCCAUUUGCCUUUAAGUUUCAUUCUUCAUUCAAUUUCUUCAGUAGUGCAAUCUCUUGGCAUCCAACAAGCCUUCUGUCUUCUCCUUCUUCUUCUUCUUCCUCUCAGGAGACAGAAUAAGUGAGCUGCCAUUUCUCCACGGCUUCAUAGUUUCCUAUUGUCGUUUUCCAGAACAAGUGCCUGCCGUUUUCCUUUCAUCUGGAGAUUUUCAUUUCUGAGCUGUAAAAAGUAGUUGGAAAUCAAGAAAAUUCAGAUUCCAAUUAUCAAAAGCGUCUCUUCAGGAUGCAGUAAUGGAGAUGAUUGAAGGACAAGUUUAAAAAAGCUCUCUUUUUCUAUUUCUGUUUCUAUUUCCCCAAUGGCCAGGAACUGUUUUCUUUCCCUCCAAUUCCUUCCGUUUCUUUCCUUCCUUUUCUUCUCAGAUUUCCCGCUUUCUUUUGGUUUGAACGUUGAGACACAGGCCUUGCUUGAAUUUAAAAAACAGCUCAAAGACCCAUUAAAUGUUUUGGAUUCUUGGAAAAAAUCGGAGUCUCCAUGCAAUUUUUCUGGGAUUUCAUGCGAUCCCGUAUCUGGGGAAGUGACAGAUAUCUCACUUGACAACAAGUCUCUCUCUGGGAAGAUUUCACCAUCCAUUUCAGCACUUCGGAGCUUGACUACCCUUUGGUUGCCUUCCAAUUUCAUAUCUGGGAAGCUUCCUCUUGAGAUUAUUAAUUGCAGCAAUCUCAGAGUACUGAAUCUUACUGGAAAUCAAAUGGUGGGAGUCUUACAUGAUCUUAGUUCCUUGAGAAACUUGGAGAUUCUUGAUUUGGCGGCGAACCACUUCUCCGGCAGAUUUCCUUCCUGGGUCGGAAAUUUAACAGCACUGGUUAAGCUUUCAAUAGGGAAAAAUAAUUAUGAUGAGGGUGAAAUUCCUGAGAGUAUUGGGAAUUUGAAGAACCUGACUUUUCUGUUUCUGGCUGCCAGCCAUUUGAGGGGAGAGAUUCCAGAGUCCAUUUUUGGAUUAUGGAAGCUUCAAACGCUUGAUAUUUCGAGGAACAAGAUCUCAGGGAAGUUCCCAAAAUCGAUUUCCAAAUUGAAAAAUCUGAACAAGAUUGAGCUAUACGUCAACAAUUUAACUGGGGAGCUCCCACCGGAACUCGCUAACCUCAUCCUCUUGCAGGAAAUCGAUAUAUCCUCGAAUCAAAUGUAUGGGAAACUGCCUGAGGAAAUUGGAAAUUUGAAGUAUCUGAAGGUCUUUCAGCUGUUUGAUAAUAAGUUCUCCGGAGAGUUACCUGCUGGUUUUGGAGAGAUGCAGCAUCUUGAUGGGUUUUCAAUCUAUAGGAACAAUUUUUCAGGCGAGUUCCCGGAGAAUUUCGGCCAAUUUUCACCGUUGACCAGUGUUGAUAUAUCUGAAAAUCGUUUUUCUGGCAGUUUCCCGAAGUUUUUGUGUGAGAGCAGAAUCUUACAAUACCUGCUGGCUUUGGGAAACAAUUUCUCUGGGGAGUUUCCAGAUUCUUAUGUUGAGUGUAAAUCUUUACAAAGGCUCAGGAUCAAUAAGAACAAGUUGUCUGGAGAGAUUCCAGAUGGAGUUUGGGCUCUGCCACUUGUGACCAUUAUUGAUUUCAGUGACAAUGAGUUCAGUGGACGGAUCUCUCCUAAAAUUCGCUUGUCUAGCAACCUGAAUCAGUUGAUUUUGCAGAACAACAGGUUUUCAGGUCAGCUUCCAUCUGAACUUGGCAAAUUGACAAAUCUAGGCAGGCUUGCUUUGCAGAAUAAUAGCUUUUCUGGUGAAAUACCUUCUGAAAUUGGUGCUUUGAAGCUGUUAUCUUCCUUGCAUUUGGAAGAAAAUUCAUUUACGGGAUCCAUACCAUCAGAACUAAGUGAUUGCAAUAGACUGGUGGACUUGAAUCUUGCUUCAAAUUCUCUGACUGGUCAUAUCCCACAUGCUUUUUCCCUUAUGAGCUCUUUAAACUCUCUCAAUCUUUCACAAAACAAACUCACUGGUUUGGUUCCAGAAGAGUUGGAGAAAUUGAGGCUAAGUUCCAUUGAUUUAUCUGGAAACCAAUUAUCAGGGAGAAUUUCAUUAGUGCUUUUGACCAUGGGCGGUGACAAAGCAUUUCUAGAGAAUGAGGGACUUUGCAUUGAUGAAAAUUCCAAGAACAUUACAAAUUCAAAGAUGAAUGUUUGCCACGAAAAGCACGGCCAGGAACAAACAUUUGGAGAUAAGCAGGUGAUGUUCUUUAUCUUCAUAUCUGCCUUGGUUGUUGCUUUUGCUGGCUUACUGCUUGUUAGUUACAAGAACUUCAAGCAAGGGCAAGUGGACAGAGGAAAUGAUUCAGACCCAAAAUGGAAACUCGCGUUAUACGAUCAGUUGGAUAUUGAAGCAGAUGAAAUAUGCAAUUUGGAAGAGGAAAAUUUGAUCGGAAAAGGCGGUACAGGAAAAGUGUAUCGCUUAUAUUUGAAGAGAAGUGGUUGCACUGUAGCUGUAAAACAACUAUGGAAAGGAGAUAGUCUCAAGCUUUCAGCAUCGGAAAUGGAAAUCUUGGGAAAAAUCAGGCACAGAAAUAUACUGAAGCUUUAUGCUAGUUUACUCGAUGAAGGAUCAUGUUUCCUGGUGCUUGAGUAUAUGUCUAAAGGUAAUCUGUUCAAUGCACUUCAUGGAAAUAUUAAAGAUGAGGAACCUCAAUUGGAUUGGUGUCAAAGGUAUAAAAUUGCUGUGGGUGCUGCAAAGGGAAUUGCUUAUCUGCACCAUGAUUGCUCUCCUCCAAUUAUUCAUAGAGACAUAAAAUCAAGCAACAUUUUACUCGACGGGGACUACGAGCCAAAGAUUGCGGAUUUUGGUGUUGCAAAGCUUGCUGAAAUGUCCUGUAACGGAUGUGAUAGCAGCUCAUUUGCAGGCACUCAUGGAUACAUAGCUCCUGAAAUGGCAUAUACAUCUAAGGUUUCAGAAAAGAAUGAUGUAUAUAGUUUUGGCAUCGUGUUGCUUGAAUUAGUCACCGGUAGGAGACCUAUUGAUGAAGCAUAUGGAGAAGGGAAAGAUAUUGUCUACUGGCUAUGGAAACAUCUUAACUACCGCCAAAAUGUCUUCAAGGUUCUUGACAACAAGGUUGCAUCAGAAUCUGUCCGAGACGACAUGAUUAAAGUCUUGAAGGUUGCUAUCCUUUGCACUGCCAAACUUCCUAACCUGCGACCGAACAUGAGAGAAGUUGUGAAGAUGCUGGUUGUUGCUGAUCCUUGCAUUUUAAGGUCACCAGACAGCAAUUCUGACAAAAAUGUGAAGUUUUUCCCUUGAAAUAUUCUUUGUUAGUAGUAGUGCAGCUUUCAAGAUCCAAAAUUUUCUAAGCAAGUGUUAGUACAAAGUUUGGCGAUGUAGAUAAAUAUAGUUAAUUGUGGUAAAAAGCAUAAGCUGGUUUGUAAAAGGCUUUUUCUUGCAAACUAAUCAGGUUUUCAGAGUAAGCAUCUUGGGCAAAAAAAGAAUUGAGUCUUUAGUUUAUGUAUACUGAAAUUCUUUUCGGUGCAAUUAGGUCUUGAGUUCGAGUCUCGACCUAAUUUACAUAUAUUA